AUGGCCCACGAUACGCACAAUACCGAGGAGACUAGUCUCCUGCGACACCAUCAUGACGAAGCUUCAUCGGGUGUGGAACGCACAUUGAGGCAGCGGCUCAUGAUUGCUGGCCGAUGCACCACUGUGCUGUUGCUUGUGGUUCUUACAAUGUCCAUAUCGUCGACUCCAAUGCUGGAAAUUAUGGAAGGCAUCAUCUGUCGUUCCUUGCACCCGGACGUUGAUGGCACACUCAACCACCCCGUCUGCAAAGGCGCAGACGUGCAAUCAGAGUUUGCCCAACUUCAAGGCUGGGUUACGCCCUUUGCCCUGGUCCCCGGUCUAGUGAUGGCCAUGCCAUACGGAGCCAUGGCCGACAAGCACAGCCGCAGACUCGUGCUUUCUUUGGCUAUUUCGGGCCUCGUUGUUGCGCAGAUUCUUGAGAUUGCCACAUGCUGGUUCUCAGACACCAUACCAAUUCGUUUGAUAUGUCUGGCGGGCCUCGCUACCUUUGUUGGUGGCGGACCCAUGGUCAUCAAUGCCAUGAUCUUCACCAUGGUCGGUGAUGUAUUUACCGCUGAUCAAAGGUUGGCCGAUCCAGUCCCCUACGAAUACUACAAUGGCUUAUGGAAAAACAGAACCACUGCCUUCUUCUACCUCGGUGCCUCCAUGACAGUUGUUGAACUGAUAUCCGGUCCUUUGACGUACCUCCUCAUGAAGCGUGGCGAUUGGUUUUGCGUCUUCACCGGCUUGGCAGGACUAUGCCUCGCUAACAUUUUGGCAUUGCUGUUACCGGAGAGUCGCGACGCCAAUACACUGCGUAAACAUAAACCAACCAGCCGUCAGCCAGAAUCGCAUCAACAGCAGACGGGCAGUGGAUUCUUCGACUUGCUCUCCAAGCUGCCCAACGCUGCGGCAACUUGCAUCAUGGCUGCGACGAAUUUCGUUUCCAACAACAGACAUUCUACGCUACUGCUUGUGGGUGUCGCGUUCGGCACCCUCGGUCAAGACGUCAUCAUCUUGUUGCAGCAGUACAUGACGAAGCGUUUCGGGUGUGGCGGCUCUUGCAGUGACAACAACAAUACUCCCCUUGACAAGUCAACUGCUUUUGAGGAAACUAUCCCUUAG